UAAAUUAAUUUAUCAACUUGUUUUCCCUAUGUGGACCGCCCUCUGUUCCGAGCUUGAACCAUCUUCAGCUUCAAGUUCUUAACAAAGCGCCCCACGUUCUGAGACAAACCCAGUAUGCUGUCUGCCAUGGAGGAUGAGAAAGUUUCGAUUUUUCAUUGAUUGGGUAUAACUGCACAAAGAGGUUAGUGAAGCAAUGCAUAGAGCGAUCGUGUUUCUCAUUCACCCACGAUUCCUCCUCCUCUUCCUUGUCCUCUCAAUUUUCCUCAUUUUCACAUUUUCUGGUUCUACUACUACCAGUGGUUUUGCUACACCUCAACAGGUUGUUGAGAUCAUUGAGGAGAAACCAGAAGAGGAGCCUGAAAUUACACACAGAGUAUUCUUGGAUAUUGAUAUUGAUAAACAGCGUUUAGGUAGGAUAGUGAUUGGAUUAUAUGGCAAAGUUGUACCGAAAACUGUGGAAAAUUUUAGAGCUUUGUGUACAGGGGAGAAAGGCAAGAGUGAAAAUGGCAUAAAGCUUCAUUACAAAGGAACACCAUUUCAUCGGAUAAUAUCUGGUUUUGUGAUUCAGGGUGGAGACAUUGUUCAUCAUGAUGGUAAAGGGUCUGAAUCUAUUUAUGGUGGCACCUUUCCUGAUGAUAAUUUCAAGAUUAAACAUUCUCACGCUGGUGUUGUUUCUAUGGCAAAUUCAGGACCUGAUUCCAAUGGCUCACAGUUUUUCUUUACCACAGUGAAGGCCAGAUGGUUGGAUGGAGAGCAUGUUGUCUUUGGCAGGGUUGUUCAAGGCAUGGAUAUUGUGUAUGUAAUUGAAGGGGGAGCCGGAACCUACAGUGGAAAACCCAGAAAGAAGGUAGUGAUAGCAGACUCUGGGGAGAUACCAAAGAACCACUGGGAUGAGGAAAAUUGAACUUCCUCCUUUUGGUGACCGACCACUAGCACAUGUUUGGAUAGCAGACACGGCUGGUUUGUCUUUGAUCUUGAUUCUCUAGUUCUUAAACCAUGGUUUACAAAUUAUUGAAAGUAUACUGAAACCCGAUUUCUUUUAUAUGUAACAAUGUAAGCAAUAUAUUUGGUAAGUCCGUUUUAUGUUUUUCUGUUUAUUGUGUUUUUCUUUUUUUAAAUCAUUCCUGUAUAUUUAUAUUAAACACUUUAUAUCUUAACACGGCCCUUUGCUGUAGAGAAAGGGGAAGAAAUUAUAUUUUCUUGUUUCCGUU